AUGUUCCAAUGCACCUUCUGUUCUUGUCCAGCGUCCCGUCUGCUUCACUCCACUUCCCCAAGACUUGGCCUUCCUCUUCAUCUUGGCGCACAGCCAUCUUACUUGCUUGGGUUCACCUGUCAACUUUGGGAGCCCUCUCACUCGUUGGUUACCGGCGCCGCGUUGCUUCAACUCGGCCUGUUCUCGAUCCCCUUCCCCCCGACAUACCCUGCCUGCUCUUCGCCGCUGAUAGUCAUGGCCACAUGUAAUCACUGGGUACGAUAG